GUGUGGCUUGAAGAUGAGGCAGGUAUCUGGAGUGGCGCUCCUCCUGGGGCUGAUGGCUCUCCCAGUGGCGCUGGGACAGAGAAGCUCGGAAAGCCCUAAAAAUAGCACCCAAAGCUUUGCCAUCGUCUCUUUCAAAUGGGAUCACGUCAAGGAGCCGUAUAUCAUUGCACUCUGGAUACUUGUGGCCAGCUUGGCCAAAAUCGUUUUCCACUUGUCCCACAAAGUCACUCGGGUGGUUCCAGAAAGUGCUCUGCUGAUUGUCCUUGGUCUUUUCCUCGGUGGCAUUGUAUUGGCAGCAGAUCACAUUGCCUCCUUCUCCCUGACACCAACUGUAUUUUUCUUCUAUUUGUUGCCCCCCAUUGUUUUGGAUGCUGGAUAUUUUAUGCCAAAUAGAUUGUUCUUUGGAAAUCUUGGCUCCAUCCUUUUGUAUGCUGUCAUUGGGACAGUCUGGAAUGCUGCCACAACUGGUUUAUCUCUCUAUGGUGUCUAUUUGACAGGAAUAAUGGGUGAACUGAAAUCUGGGCUACUGGAGUUCCUCCUCUUUGGCAGCUUAAUUGCUGCCGUGGAUCCUGUAGCUGUUCUGGCAGUAUUUGAAGAAGUCCACGUGAACGAAGUUCUAUUCAUCAUUGUUUUUGGAGAAUCACUUCUGAAUGAUGCUGUAACUGUGGUGCUGUACCAUGUGUUUGAAUCUUUUGUUGCGAUGGGUGCAACGAAUGUGACGGGUAUUGACUGUCUCAAAGGCAUAGUGUCAUUCUUUGUGGUGAGCCUCGGUGGGACAUUGGUUGGCAUUUUCUUUGCAUUCCUGCUCUCAUUGGUCAGUCGUUUCACCAAGCAUGUGAGGAGCAUUGAACCUGGAUUUGUGUUUAUAAUUUCUUACCUGUCCUACCUCACAGCAGAGAUGCUUUCUGUUUCUGCCAUCUUAGCGAUAACCUUCUGCGGCAUUUGCUGUCAGAAAUAUGUCAAAGCUAACAUAUCUGAACAGUCUUCUACAACUGUAAGAUAUACUAUGAAAAUGAUGGCCAGUGGAGCAGAAACUAUUAUCUUCAUGUUCCUGGGUAUUUCAGCUGUGGAUCCAGAUAUAUGGACUUGGAAUACAGCUUUUAUUCUGUUGACUCUAGUCUUCAUCUCAGUAUAUAGAGUUAUUGGUGUUGUUAUACAGACGUGGAUUCUUAACCGCUACAGAACUGUCCAGCUGGGGAUAAUAGACCAGGUGGUGAUGUCCUAUGGUGGACUACGAGGAGCAGUUGCUUUUGCUCUUGUUGCGCUUCUGGAUGGGGAUAAAGUGGGAGACAGAGACCUGUUUGUCAGCACAACUAUCAUUGUUGUGUUUUUUACUGUUAUAUUCCAGGGUCUGACUAUCAAACCUUUGGUACAGUGGCUGAAAGUGAAGAAGACUGAACACAGAGAACCAAAACUGAAUGAGAAACUUCAUGGCAGAGCCUUUGAUCACAUUCUUUCUGCUAUAGAAGACAUUUCUGGACAAAUAGGGCAUCAUUAUCUGAGAGACAAGUGGUCCAAUUUUGAUAGGAAAUUCCUCAGAAAAAUACUGAUGAGAAGGUCUGCUCAAAAAUCAAGAGACCAAAUCCUUAAUGUUUUCCAUGAGCUCAACUUGAAGGAUGCAAUUAGCUAUGUGGCUGAGGGAGAACGUAGGGGUUCGCUGGCAUUUAUACGUUCUCCAAGUACAGACAACAUGGUAAAUGUGGAUUUCAGCACUCCACUCCCAAGCACUGUGGAAAGUUCUGUCUCUUAUUUAUUGAGAGAAAAAGCUGGACCGGUUUGCCUUGACAUGCAAGCUUUGGAGCAGAGGAGGAAAAGUAUCCGGGACACAGAAGAUACCCUCGCUCAUCACACCCUACAACAGUACCUGUACAAACCCAGGCAGGAGCACAAACACCUGUACAGUCGACAUGAGAUCAUGCACAAUGAAGAUGACAAACAAGACAAGGAGAUUUUCCAUAGGACAAUGAGGAAGCGCUUAGAAUCUUUCAAGAGUACCAAACUAGGAAUAAACCAUUCCAAGAAGUUCAAUAAAAUCCACAAACGAGACCGGGGCCAAAAAAGGAGAAAUAGCAGUGUCAUACCAAAUGGAAACAUUCUUUCAGAAAAUCCAGUACAAGAUUUUACUUUGAAGGAAAAAGAUUUGGAGUUUUCUGAAUCAGAAGAAAAUAAUGAUUAUGAGACUUUGCAUCUAGGCAAAGGACUUGAUUUCCUGGCUAAUGUGACGAAACAAAAUUUCACAGAUACUCCUUCUGGAAUUGAUAACCCAGUAUUUUCAGCUGAUGAUGACCAAAGCAUCUACAUGAAGUUCUCACCAUGGUUAUCUGGUGAAGACACAGUGGUACCAUCACAAAGGGCCCGAGUGCAGCUCCCAUAUUCUCCAGACAACUUCAGACGGUUAACUCCAAUCCGGCUCAGCAAUAAAUCAACAGAUUCCUUCCUGCUAGCAGAUGGCCCUGAGGACCAACCCAGAUCUUUUCUCCCAGAAUCAACACAUAUGUGAUAUGGACCAUGACGUUGAAAUGACAGAAUACUCCUCCUCAGAUGAUCAACUAAACCAAAAUGGAAGUGUUUCAGUGAAUCCCCUCCACUUCUUCCCCUCUUGUCUUCAAAUGCCUUGGACACAAAACUAUUCUUCAUUGGAAAACAGAGGGAAUAUACCUCUUUCUGCUGUCUCUGAGUACAUUGCUUCAUGCGACCCAAAUGUACCUGAUCUCUUCUGGGAAUCGGGUACAGAUAUGAAUAACAAAGAGACAGUAAACUCAGGUUAUUGUUCUGAAGUCAGCUUCAAGUCAGAGAAUUCACAAGAAGAGAAUACUUUGCUUAUGUUUGAAGGGCUGGAAGACUCUUACAUGAAAGAGCCACAAGAGAAGAAAAUGUUGCUUGAUGUAGAAGGGAAUUACAGGUCUGCUGCAGCCAGACGCGUACAAAGCCGACGUUCUUUCCACAGGCCAAAACCUCUGCAUCACCCUAAGCUUCAGAAGCUGGCAUCUCUUCCAGCAUCUUGCCAUGUACCUCCACAUUCCUUGGAACAGGAGGAAACACAGUUGUGAGCCAGGAAUUAAUUGAAAGAACAAGGUGAAUAAAGGGCUUUUGUAAAAGUAGAGAGCAAUCUACUGAUUCAUAGGAUCUUCUCUAGAAUGGCUUCAAAUGGAAAGGGAGUGGGGUCCUGUGAUGUCAGAAACACUGGAGCUUUUCUGCUGCGCUUACGUUUUUAAGUUCUUAUUCAUAAUGAAAGGGUGCAUAGUGAAGGGGAAUUACGACUCCUUGUUAUUUUUUCAUGUAGACUGUUACAAAUAAUCUAAUAUUUUUGGAGGGUUAAACCAAGAAUCUUUUCAAAUAAUAACAUGUUGGUGGUUUUUUACAUGGUGAUGGUUUAUUAUGACUUUAUGCCAUAAAUACAUUUGAAGGAAUAGGCUGCACUUGUUGCUUCAGUAAUGGUAUUAAGUAUUUAUGCUAUAUGAAAUUAAAGUAGGAGAAGCUAAUGGUUAGCCUCUUCCCUGCUAAGUCUACUCUGAUUAAAUGGAUCAGUGUCUUUUAUAAGUGCAAGCUAAGGAAAAAUAUUUUCCUCCUCUUGAAUAUUUGUGUCACUGAGUAAUUGUGGAAUAUUGGCUCUUGUGUAAAACUUAACCAGGGAAAGUCCCAACAUCUUGAAAUUUAAUCAAGUACUCCAGGAGGGCCAUAUCUUUCCUUCACCUUCACCCUCUCAACUCAGUAGCACUGGAAUAAACGGACAUCCAGAAUUAGCUCAGAAUUUUCAUUUGUGUGGUCAUAGGCAAUUAAUUUAAUAUUCUUAAUUAAGCUGCUCUAUUUUAAAUAGCUUCACUCAGACAGAAGUGUAAAUAUUUGUCAUUUUUACUGCUGCUUUGGAAGAUACCUUCCAAAUACUGUUAGAUUACCCUGGUAAUUUAUGUAUCAUUUUCAACAGCUGAUCAGGAUAGUGGUCUCUCAGAUGGUGUUCUGCAUUUUGCCAUAUGGUUUAAGUGCCACAAAGACUCAGGAUGUUGGGGGUUCAAAGUAUUGUACAGAGGCAGUUUGGCUACUGUGCAUGUAUAUACCAACUCAUACGAGGAAUGUCCUUCUUUUUUGUCAGUGGAUUUCUGUCAAAUGAUAGUUAUGAUUGCACUAGACACUGCCUAUGAAUUAGAUCUACAUCACCUUGAAGACAGCUGGAGACAUCAGUGAAAGCCAACUCAGAAGAAGAUUAAAUAAAAGUGAAAACUCUUAGACCUCUCAUAGAUGUAUAAUACUACAUGCCUGUGUAUGGUCUUCUGGCCAUUUUACCUUGGAUAAUUCCAGUCCUGAAAUUUUGGCUUGAAAUCUUCAGUGGUAUAAAUUGUAAAGGUUCUAAGACAUUAAUAGAAGGAGAGUGCUUACCCACUUCUGUGAUCCUACUCUGUUCCUACUUUCUAUUUGAUAUCAGUGUAAACCAUUUGUAAAUGAGGUGUCACUUUCAGGGAGGCACCUGAAUUAUUUUAGACUGGAUCCUGGACAGCAGCUUUAUUGGUAAAUUUUACUUUAUCUAUAGGAAUUACUGAUUGUUUCACUCUACCUACCCAGAUUUUGAAUGGAUUUGAGAUUAUUUUGUCAGAUAUCAAAACUAAGAUUUACCCAGACACCCAAGAAGAGUGGAGCAAUGUGUGAAAACCCAUGCCCACAUCUUUUUUCCAUCUUUGUCCUGUAUGAUAAAACUGUAUGUUAGGCUGAUCCGAAUUGCAGAGAUGCAAUGGCAAAUACCAUACACAAACCUAGACAGAUACAAAGCGUACACCUCUAGAGGCUAGAUUCAGAGAAGUGGUUCUUUUGGUAUCAACUCACAAGCAGCUGCCUGUUUGGCUGUCACCUUCGGCAACGAUGCAAAUCAGUGUCCCUAACUGGAAAGUUUCAUCACCUACCUUCAUCGCCAUCAUUGUUAAAAUUCAAUAACUUAAAUACAGUUUUUGUGAAACCAAGUACAUGUGAACAUAUUAUUUUGAUGAAGUAGAGCAUAUUAAUGCUGUUCUAGAUAUUAUAAUUGAAACAAGUAUUUUAGUAAUAGGCAUAGAUGUGUAACAGGACCAUGACUGAUCCCAAGUGUUAGUACAGGUGAAGUGCAAUGUGCCAAAAAUCUAACUCCCUGUCUCAUAGCAUAACGCUGAAGUACCAACAUCAAAAUUGGCAAGAUGCUCAUCAGGUGUUGGCUUUGAAGUAAAACUUUCAUUUCUUAUUGGUGUCAUACGGAGAUCAUUGCUGUGCUGCAGUCAGAAAGAGAACCACACAGUGGACUGUUUUCUACAUGCUUGUUAGACCAUUAUCAAUCUGUUAUUGUACAGGCUACCUCAAGGACACAUUUGUAAAUUGUCAUCAACAGAUGUGAGUUUUCACCACAUAAAUGUUGCACAGACAAGAGUAUGCAAUUUUAAAAAAUCACAGGAUAUGUUUUUAUUGUUCUUGUAAGCUUUUAGGCUAAAGAAAAGAGGAUCCAUAGACACCACUGUAUUUACAAACACAGCAGUCUCUGACAAGUCAGCAGGACCCUGUAUGUUUUUGAGGGGGCUAUGGGAUGUAGUGUAAUAAAAUAGAGAGAAACAUCACACCAUUUCAAACAACAGAAGUGAGAAGACUAUAUACAAAGGGCUUGGCUGUCUGUUUCACAGGCCUUAGGCAUUUUCUAUAUGUUGCAUCACUACAGCUGAACAAAUGAAGGAUAAAAUGGACCAUUCUAAUAUUGAAGAGACCUUUCCCUGGAAUAUCUUGCAUAAUUCCUGAAGCUCUUACGCCCCUGGAAGGGAUUUUCUAGUAGAAUUGAUUUUACAGCAAGGUUUUGUUUGUCAUAAUUUCUCACUUUGAAAUGUGAUGAAAAGGACUUUCACAUCCCCAGUUUCCACAUUUGAGAAUGUACUCAAUAGCUAUAAAAUAGUGGAUUAUAUAGUUCCUUUUUUUUUGUCAAGGGCUAUUGCUCCCAGUGUCCACCAGGACAAAAAAGCAGGUUAUAACUGUCGAUCACUUGUCGUACUUUUUUUUUCUUUGUUUGCAUACUCUUUCAUUGUACGUUCACAUUUCCUGUGAUAUGCGUACCUGUGGGUUGAAAGUAUUUAGUUACUUCUUCAGCACGCUUUAAUCAGUCAAGCACCACUAAUUUCUAUCACAGCAAUAUAAAUUCAGAGCUGCUAAGGAUAUGGCUGUAAGUAUCAGCUUUUUUUGCUCUUAUUAGAUUGGAAUGAUCAGUUGACAACUCGUUCACCUCUGGUGAGGCCAGUUCAGUUCUUACUUCCCUGAAAACUUUGUCUCUAAGUUUUUUUGUGACAUGCUCUGUCAGAAAAAGAAAAGCUGGGCGUUCCACAGUUGCUAUUUAUUUAAUAAGUAACUAUGGCCUACCUUGAUGCAAAAAGAUGAAAUGAAGAAAUAUUUGAUGUUAGUUCUACAUAUUUUGCUCCAUGAAUAAAGUUCUUUUUAACAAUGUUUAUUAUGCUGCCUUCUGAUCUAGCAAUGUUUAAAAAAGCCCAGAAGUGUUGCCUGCAUUGAGAUGAAUUGUCUCUCUGAGCUGUGAACCUAGCUAUUGAAAUAUAUGAAAUUAUGUAUUACAAAUACAUGAUCUAGUCAGACAUUUAUGUAACAAAGGUUGCAAUAUAAUCACGUGCCUUAAAUUGUCACUCUUUGGAGUGUUGUUGUUUCGAGA